AUGCCCCAAGCAGAAAAGAGCCAAGAGGAAGAAAAAAAAAAGCUGGGGAAAUGGAUUUCGCCGUUGUCUCGCCGUCGCGUGGCGUUUUGCGGGGCGGGGCCCUGGAGACUUGGCUCGAUCCAGACCCUUGACCGCUCCCGGCUCUGCUGUUUGUUCUGGCAGUUCAGGUCUUUUGCGCUGCGCCGGAGAAGAGCACGAACGGGUGGUCUCUGCCGCUAUUUGUUGGUGGAUGAUUCUGAACUUCUGGUAGGCUGCAGCAAGAGAUUCCAAGUCGCGACUCGGCGCGUCUGUCUUUGGUUGCAAUCUCACGAGGGUGCAAGAUGUCUAAUUGAAGACCUACCUACCUACCUACCUGACACCCUGCACACCGAAACCGAUGCGCUGGAAUCCCCAAAGUCUAAACGCGGAAAGUGUCAUGGAGUCGGACCGGUCGUUUCGAGGUCAUUCGACGAUCCUGACGAGAGUAGUUCGAUAUGCUUUCAUCGCUUGCAUCGCAACAAGCGCCGAAUAGACGAACCGCCCGCACGCAACCCCGGCUUGGAGAGGUCUUGGAAUCUAGAAAUGCGUGACACUUUGCCUCCCCCAUGGAUGGGCCAUGGCCGGCGCAGGACUGCGGCGGGGGAGGGGGCCAGCUGUGCGCCAAGUCAGAACGUGCCGAGCUUGGCCCCGAGCUCAUGCAGCGAUAAUCUGCAUACCAAGGCGCGUCUCUCUCUGCAGACUCCAGAGUUUCCAGAGUUGAGGACGCCCAAGAAUGUCAUCGACACGGCACUACUCAUCUACGCCGCAGGGAGGGGAACGCGGAAGGGAAGGAAAGCGGCGACGACGAACAUGGGCCAGGCAUGCAUGGUCCUGGCCAAGUCAUCGUCGCCGUUUGACAUGGUUUUGAAUUUUCACCAACAAAUGGCCUACAGAACAAGAGUGUCAGAGUUUUCUCCCCCUAAAACUCCCGAUUAUCUUCAUUCGGGUUACUUUCACCCGCGUUUGAAGCGCCGAAGAGGCAGGCAACAAGCGUUCAGCGCCGUCCUGAGGGCAGAGUACGUACCGGAAAAGUACCGAAGUAUCUUCCCCGGCCACUUUUUUGUGGCGUUCAUUGGCUCCGCCGCCUCCCUUCCUUCCCACAUCUUCCCCCAGGUGUCAGGACUCAGGCCCUUCCUUUUGAGUCUUGGUCUGAACCCCCGGUCCCUGUUGCCCCGUCAUCCUUCCGAGAAGGAAGAAAGUCUUCGUAAGGAAUUGCCAAUGUCUCGCCUUGACUUGCUCGCAGCCUUCCACGUCGGCGCGUCUUUCAGCGGCCUGCGUCCGACUCUGGCGCGCCCUUCUCUACUACCUACCUUAGGUAGCUGUGCCUCUGCGGCAGGCCCCCGUGACUGGCGAUGCUUUGCGACACGAUGCGAUGCGCUGAGAUUGGGUGGUGAAUCUGCGGCUGGACUCAGACAUCACGGCAGCAUUGCGGUCUCUAACUGUCAGCAAUCGAGACACGAGGCGCCCGUGUGGCUUUUCUUCCCUUGCCGCUCCCUGGCCAAACAUCUCCACUGUCGUCGUUCGACGGAUCAUCUGGCUCAGCGCCAUGUCUCUUCAGCCGCCGACAUCCGCCAGGUCAUUCGUUCGUUCGUGAUGGGCACAUGUCGGCCGGUACGCUCGCUGUACGAACAAGUAGGUAUGGAUUCCGAUCCUAAGGGCGACCCUAGUUCAAGCCGCAACGUUGGAGCCCCAAGGGCUCUCCCGCAUGCUCUCCUGCAGCCCUCCAACACGUCUCUCCCUAUCCGUGGGUACCACAAGCUACAUCGCCUUACGAUAGAGCUCUCGACGCUUUUGUGUGAAGCUCGCUUGACUGUUCUUGGCUCAACUAAGCCAUCUUCAGGCUUCAACACCUACAAUCGAACUCGCUUAGACGAUUAUUUGAAGCUAUUCGGGCCAUUCAACCUCGCCAAAACCUACAACUACAGUAGCUUUGCUAGCUGCUGCAUCUCGCUAUCCGGACUGCAUGAGAUGGAUGCAACCCCAUUCAAUCCAUCCCAUCUUCAUCCCGCAUUUUCACGCCCUCCCCCAACUUCUCCCCAUUCCCAUCCAACUUUUUUUUCUUCCCCCAAGUUUCCCCAUCAUCUCUCCUCCAAUCCCCGGCCCCGGCCCCAAAUGGGACAAUGCUCGGUGAUCUCUCUAUUCGGAGUCUACUAUGGUAGACACUUCGUCUUGGUGUCCAGUUUGGCCGAGUUCCUGUCCGUUGUGGAUCGCCUCACAUGCACUUUCAGACGCCGUCUGUCUCUCUGUCUCUCCGCCUGGAGAUAUCGGGGUCUCCAAGCAACCCCAUAUCUCCAGCUUCACGAAGCCGCCGUACACAACAGCCGUCCUUACGAAGUCACCGCCUAUAACCGAAAGAGUCACGUCGUACCACCACCCCACCCGAGUCAGCGCGCGUUGCUGUUAAGAGGGCCCAAAGUCCGAAUGACCAACAAGUUUUCCAUCCCCGGCGCUCCAGACUUGGGCUCCCCCCCCCCCCCCGGCGCCUGUUCGCCAGUGGGUGCCUUCCGAGCCAUACCUGGUCGGCCUCCGUACCCAGGUGCUUACUUGGUCCUUAUGGUGACUCUCAAUGGCCAAAUUUCUGUUCGACGUGCACAAGAAUCUCGAAACGGCCUGUCAACACUGGCGCGUCGCCUUGCCCUGCCUGCUUCAGUGCUUCAUCGCCUCGGCUUCCGGCCGAGUUUGGGCUUGGUCUCGAUUCUUUUCCCCAGCCCACCGCCCUCGUGCUUCUUCUCCAGGGCUCCUCUUUGUUCUUCCCCGUGGGAAACUGAUACGAAGAAGCGUACAAACCGCCAGACCGGUACCAAUAGACCGACUGAUUGUCACCGCACCGCAAACUCUGUCACUCCACGGGGUCUCCGGACGCGGGCACGGUAUUCUCUCUCCACUGCGGAGAACCUAUCAUUAAACACCCCUGCUACCCCUGGUGGGCACUUCCAAGGAAAAAUUACCCCCAAGAUCUCUGCUGAAGACUUGCCAACACAGCCCGAACCGCCUGAGGUUCAUCCGCUGUUUUGCUCGCACGGGGCCGUCAUGAACACAAGAAAAGCACAGGCUGCGGUACGCUGCACGUCCAUCCCAGCAACCAGGCCAUCCCCAGCCCAUCCCGAGUUCUCGGGACACGUGAGUCGCAGGGCCCUUGAGUGGCAACGCCGACCCGCGUCUUUGGUGUUGACUGAUGAUGCUGGCGCCGUGCACGCACGAUCGUUGCCUCUUCCCCCAUUCCAAAUGCCCGUCCUCUUGCGUGGUAGUCAGGUGCAGCUGUGCCCAGGUCCGAGCUCGACCCCUGUCCGGCACCACCGUCAUCGAACCUCGGAACUUGUCGUCGUCGUCACUGACCUGUCACCAACCCGCCGACUAAUGGGAGCUUUUGACUAA